AUGUUGUGGAGCCGCGGCCUGCGGGAAGGGGUGGUGCUGCUUUCUCACCUCAGUGUUUCGCUUUUCUUGCAGGCUCCAGCUGAAGGCGAGGCAAAGGAGGAGCCAAAGAGAAGGUCAGCCAGACUAUCUGCUAAACCUGCUCCACCCAAACCGGAGCCAAAGCCCAAAAAGGCAGCACCUAAGAAAGAAAAAGCAGCAAAUGAUAAAAAGGAGGACAAAAAGGCAGCAACAAAAGGGAAGAAAGGAGCCAAAGGCAAAGAGGAAACUAAACAAGAGGAUGCUAAAGAAGAAAACCACUCUGAAAAUGGAGAUACCAAAACUAAUGAGGCACCAGCUGCUGAAGCAUCUGACGAUAAGGAAGCCAAGUCCGAGUAAUGUUAACCCUGCCCUAUAUCUCCAUCAUUUGGUAUCCGUACCUCCAUGCUGUAUUGUUAACAGAGAGGAAUAUUUUUAUCAACUAUUUUAUAAAUGCAGGUUUUUUUAGCAUGAAUUUAAUUAUGGAACAUCUUCAUCUCGGUUACUUGGGAAUUAAAUCCCUAACAAACAAAACAACAAAAAAAAAAGUCAUUGUUUUUAAAUUUUGUGAUUGUAAUAGUUUGUAUGGUACAUGGAAAGAAUAAGUGGUGGUAGCUUUUGACUUCUGUCAGUGUGUCCCUUUUUGUGUAAGUCAUGCUUACAGAAUUCAGACUUUUAAUUUUUCCCUUGUAUGUGUUGUAUGGUUUCUUAAAGUGGGGAGGUCUCAAAACAAAUAACCGUGUGAAACAUUCCAGUGGUUCUGUGGGUUGCUUUUAUAAAGAAGGUGAGCUAUUUUCAUGAAAAAACCUAAGAGCUGGAAAUCUGUUGUUUCCCAAAUGUAAUUUUAUUUUGUCAGUUUUGAAAAAAAAAAAGAAAAAAUAAAUAAAUAAAAGUGUAAUCCUGUUUUUAAAUGAAAUACAAACAUUUCUUUUCAAAAAGGGCAGGUUGGUUGUAUGUACCCACUGUUAGGAAUUUUGCUGGAUUUAUCUUAAUAAAAAAGACUCCUCAAAAGUU